UGGCCUUGGGGGUGGGGACAAGAAGGGAGGGCGAUGGGGCUGGGCUGGGGACUGGGGAUGUCCCCAACUCGGCCUCCGUAGGGGAAGUCGCGCGGACCUGCUGCUGGGGCGUCAGCGUCCCCCCCCCCCGCCCCCCGCCCCUUUCCCCCUUUACGGGGCCUGGGGGUGACAUUGCGUUGUGCCCCUACAGGGGCAGAAAUCUACCCCCCCCCCCGACACACACUGGCUAGCCGCCCCCCCAGCCCCUUCCCUAGGAGGUCCUUGUCCUCCCUUUUCUCCCCUCCCCUCCGUCCCCCAGCCCAGCCAUGGGGGCCGCGGUGUUUUUCGGAUGUACUUUUGUGGCCUUCGGCCCGGCCUUCUCCCUCUUUCUGGUCACGGUGGCCGGGGACCCGCUCCGGGUCAUCAUCCUGGUGGCUGGGGCAUUUUUUUGGCUGGUCUCCCUACUUUUGGCCUCUGUGGUUUGGUUCAUCUUGGUCCAUGUCACUGACCAGUCGGACACCCGACUCCAAUAUGGCCUCCUCAUCUUUGGUGCUGCCCUUUCUGUCCUGCUGCAGGAGGCUUUCAGAUUUGCCUACUACAAGCUACUUAAGAAGGCAGAUGAGGGGUUAGCAUCGCUAAGUGAGGACGGAAGAUCUCCCAUCUCCAUCCGACAGAUGGCCUAUGUUUCUGGUCUAUCUUUCGGCAUCAUCAGCGGCGUCUUUUCUGUUAUCAACAUCUUAGCAGAUGCGCUUGGUCCAGGUGUGGUUGGUAUUCAUGGAGAUUCCCCCUAUUACUUCUUGACCUCAGCGUUUCUGACAGCAGCCAUCAUUUUGCUUCAUACCUUUUGGGGUAUCGUGUUUUUUGAUGCCUGUGAGAGGAGACGAUACUGGGCCUUGGGCUUGGUGGUUGGUAGUCACCUGCUGACCUCAGGACUGACAUUCCUGAAUCCCCGGUACGAAGCUAGCCUGUUGCCUAUCUAUGCAGUUACUCUCUCCAUGGGGAUCUGGGCAUUCAUCACAGCUGGAGGCUCCCUCCGAAGUAUCCAGCGCAGCCUCUCGUGCCGACGGCGGGAGGACAGUCGGGUGAUGGUGUAUUCUGCCCUGCGCAUCCCACCCGAGGACUGAGGGGACUCGGGGAAAACCCUGAGGGCCAGGGGCACCCUCUUUGUCUCCUGUCUUUCUCUCCAUCUCCAACUAUGGACAGCUGCUAAGGGAGGCGGCUUAGCUUAGUCAUUACCCAGGAGAUAAAAUUGGGGUUCCUGAGGGUAGAGAGGUUACUGGGGUUUGCAGGGAUCUGAGAAGUUCCCUGAUGUAUCCCUUCUGCCCUCCCACCCCCAACCCCAAUUGGAUAUCUCUCUUUUUCUCAGGUCUGAGGGAAAUCAUUUUUGGUUUGACAAAGACUCCUAACUGCCUUUUGGGGAGAGGGAAGUUUGGAGAUACAUCCUCCAAAACUUUUUAGCCUCUUUUCCCAGGUCUUCUAUUCCCCUUGUCCGCCAUCUUUUCCCCAUUCUCCCAUUGGCCAGGGACCCUAGGGGAUAGAAUGAGGAGUGUGUUAGGGGGACAGUCAUCUCUGCUUCUCAUUUCUCUUUCUAUUCCCAGCAACUGGGAUGACUGGAACUUAAUAAUUUUUAUUCUGUCCUGAGAGAGCUGAGGUGAUCUAGACUAUUAUAGGGCCACGGUGCCACUGAGGAUUAUGGCCUGGAAGUUCAGCAGGAAUUUUUUUCCUAGUUUUUAAUGGGGAAGGGGGGAGGGGGAGGGAGAAAAGAGGGAAUGACUUUUCUAUAAAAUGUAUUAUUUUCUGCUGAGGAUGGAGUAUCCCAUCCUUUUAAUCAAAGUAAGUGUGAUUUUUGACUAAUAAAAGGAUUUUGUAACAA